AUGUUCACUCGGUUUCAAAAGAAUUACUCUGCCGCCUGCAAGUUGCGAAUUACUUCAGGUAUUUGUUUUUCACCAAAGUUGGCCGAAGAUGUGGACUAUUUGGCUUCAUUUUAUCAAAUGCACAACGAAGCCAUGGUUAUUGCACUUUUAAACGUAGCUGCAGUGAUGUGUGAUAAUAGUCGAAUAUUUCGGGCCAACAAAUUUGCGAUCCCAAUGAAUUUAUAUAAUUUGGUGGUUGCGCGAUCAUCAUAUGGAAAGUCUCCAAUACUUGAUAUCGUGCGAAAAUGUGUCGACGAAGUCGUGAAGGUCCGUCCGUCAAAAUUCAAAUCGUGCGCAAAAGAUGAAAAGGAUUCAGAUCGAGUCGUAUAUUUUGAUGAAAACACUGCAGCUGGGCUACUCGGGAGUCUUCGCGGCUGUACAAGGUUUCUUAUUACUGAUGAGGCCGACGUUGUUUUAAAGAAAAUGGGUUAUACUUUAUUGCCGCCUAACUCUCGAGAUUAUCCAACAAACGACUGUAGAAGUCAGCUGCUAACUCUAUAUGACCGUCCGCACAACUUUGUAAAAAGAUUAAAACUGGAAACAGUUCAAGUGUUCGACGCCAAAUUGAAUGUUCUAGGUGCGGUUUCAGGAGAUUUGAUGAUAUCAGCCUUGUCGCGUCAAGCAUCAGGCUCAAUGGCUGAUGCUUUAUUGGAGCGUACGAUAUUAUGGCCAUUGGAUGGCGAUGUUAUUCCUACUUUUUCUUGCACGUCAACCAUCGACAACAAAAAGCUUAUGUCUAUCGAACAAUUCGCGGUGAUAAUGAGUUUCAUCGAAAACAUUCAUUUAUAUUUUGCAACAGAUGCUAAUGAGCAAAUGAUUUUGUGGUGUGAUCAUUUGAAAGAAACUAGUGCGACAUUCAAAGAUAAUGACCAUCUCGCUGCACGUUUCGGGAAAAGUGUCCAAAAUGCGCAUCGUAUUGUAGGCUUUAUGUACAUCAUAGAACUAGCAUACGCAAUCGGAGCUGAAUAUCUUACAAUUUUCGAAGAAUUUCCCAUUGACGGCGAGACCUCUACCGAAUUUGUCGAACGCAUCAAGGAAUUCUCUCUUAAGCAUUUACUUGAUCAACACGAUCAAGAAAUCAAGCAUUUUAUCACAACGGACAUGGUUGAGCGUUGUCGAGAUCUGAUCACGGGAAAUAUUGAGCAAUACAGAUUAUUAAUGUAUUUAGCUCCUGAAGAACGAGCCUCAGAGAUCAAACCAACGUCGACAACGUUACCAUUUGUACCGAAUGAGCGAAAUAUGAAUGCCACAAAAAAAGAAAAACGAAUUUUCAAACUACAACCACGUUUACCUGAAAUAAAAUCGUGUGUUCUACUUUUCAAAUCACUGAUUUUCACAUCGUCUACUCUUUACACGAGUAGAAUUAUCAAAAGAUCAGCCACUAUCUUAAGCCUAGCGUUGACUGAAUUAGUGCAAUCGGAACUUUUGCAAGUUGUCAAAAAAGGUUUCUAUAGUUCCAAAUGGACUCCAAUUUAUAUAAAACGUAUGCCUUCAACGUGUUCAACUGCUGACGAAAUGAAAUUUGAAGAGAAACUAGCUGCAAUUGGCGUAGAGGGCUUAAAUUUGGAAAACUUACGUGACAACUCCCGUGAUCUUGUUAUUGAUGCGAAGGGAGUUAUAUCACUUGACGUCAUCCGAUGGUUGCAACAACCCGAAUACGACGAACUAAAUUUAGAUUUGGAUAUCUUGAUGACACGAUACAGAAAACCCCAAGCUGGCGAAGAUGAGAUUCCUUUAUCUGAUGCAUCAUCAACAACUGAUGUCUCAUGCGAUAGUAAUUUCAUUUCGAAAGCUGAGAAUGAUUUUACGGAAAAUAUCUGUCAGAAUAGUAGUUCUCGAUCAAUGGAUGAUGAUAAUAAUAUAACUCAUGAUGUGGUUUCGAAAAAGUUGUGGCCAACUGACUUUCCAACAAUUGAAAGGCAAACACUGGAUUUGAACCUGAUACAAGAAUCAUAUGAAAAUUCUGAAUCAAAUAGAAUUUAUGCAUGCGAUGGUGUUGACAGACAAACGGCAGUUGCUAGCAUUAAUGAUAUUGAUCCGGUUUUCGUCUGUGAUGGAAAUGAAAUCAUCGGGAUGGAGAUUUUCAAUGAAUCACAGAACGACGACGAGUACUCCCAAGAAACUGUGACAGAGUCGAUCGAACAUGUUCAAAUUUUGAACGAAAAUGAAAGAAAAAGCACCUCUAACAAAAGCGAUGGUCUAUUUAUGAUUCUGAGCGUAACAAUCGAAUUGCUAUUGAAUUCAGAAACAAAUUGGGGACAAACCAUGCUUCUUGGAAAGAAUAUUAUCAAUGAAAAUCUAUUUCGAACCAGAGAUUUCAUACAUAUCGUACCAUUCACUAACAUAUGUCCGUUAUGCAAGCUACGAGUUCCAGUAAAGAAUAGUCAUAGUCGUCAGGUUAAAGUAAUAUGUGAAGCAGGUGAAGUUUUAUACGGAACUGUUUUUUGGUUGGAAUGUCGGCAUUUUGGAAAUGAAAAAGAAGCACAAAUGUAUUCUAUUUUUCCUAACUUUAUACGUGUUGGUGAGGAACACAUCUACUCAGUCGUCUCAUUGUCUCAUGGAAUAUUUAUUUAUAUGGGUGGUUGUCAUGCUAUUGCUAGAAAUGUUAUCAACGCUUACUCUUCCAAUGUUGUUAACAAUGCUAAUUCAUGGUGGAAUACCGCUGACAGUCUAAAUUUAGAAGCAUUUAGUGAAGGUCGGAAACAAGUACAAAAGCUGUGCUGGAAACGCUUAGCUCAAGCUUUGUUUAUGUACAAGGUAAUACAGUUUCAUCUGAUGAUGGGCUGUCUCACUGUAAAACUCCCAAUGGCACUGCGUGAUUUUGAUAAAUGGUCAUGGGAAGCCUAUCCGAAAAUGCUAUCGUGGUUUAUUUAUCUGUGGUCUUCUCAUAAAGAAAUCAUAGGCCCUUGUGGCGAGAAAUGUUCAGUUGCUAUUAUCAUAGACGGGCAUCAGAAAUGUCGACGCAGGGUUUGUCGAUACAAAGAUGUUGAAGUUAGAACAGAGGAGUUUGAUAAGCUUGUGAUCGGUUGUUGUCGAACUCCAUUACCGAAUUCUUGCUACUGUGUUUUGCAUCAAAAUUGUCAGUUGUCAAAAGAAAUGCAUAAUAGUGUUCUAAGUGAACGUAUACUUCGGUAUCGGAAGAAGAAAACAAUAUUCAGAGGUAGACGAGAAAGACGACAACAAGAAGGAUUUGGAGCAACUGGUUGUCGGACGAAUAAAGCACGUUCAGAUGCAUAUAUCCGACGAUGUUCACGUUCGUUUGGAUUGAUUGCAUGUGUCACUAAUUGUCGAGUAUUUGUCUCAUUCGGAGAAAUAUUUCGGUCAGAGACACUCCGAGAGAUCCUUCAUUUGCUCUUCUCAACCAUUCGUGUUGCUGGCAAAUUACCACCAGCAGGUUGUUAUGAUGAUGGCUGUCAUUUAAUUAAAUAUUUACAUAAUCAUAUCGGAAAUGACCUAAAAGCAACUGAUGCAGCAAUGAGUCUAUCCACAAUCAAGUUUAGCGUAGAUCGCACUCAUUUUAAGAAUCACAUUGGACAUUGGUGUCGAAGGAACAUGAACCCAAACAACAACAAAUUACUGGACAAUGUGAAUACCGAGGCUGCAGAGCAGAGUUUCAGCUGGUUGAAAAGAUAUUCGUGCAUUAUCAGUGCUCUGGGCUGGCUUAGAGCACCGGUAUUUCUUCUUUUACUUUUUCACAUGAAAAAUCUAGCUCGUUGUAAUGUUCGAUCGAACCGAAUUUUCAAUAUAGUUGAACAAUGCCAGGUUAUUGCAGAUGUUAGUCUUCAUCACAGUAAAACAAUCACAGACGUUGUUCCUGCAUUGUCAACGCGAAAUGUGAAUUCUCCAAGUUCUGUGAAAGAGAAGAAACAAGCAAGUGUCGCGAAAACAACUAUAUGUCCGUUAAAUCUAACAAAAACGGAUUGGAUAGCACAAGUUGCUUUAAUUCGAAAGAAUCACAAUAUGGUUGAUAGACGUCGAAUAAAAACUUUAAAACGGUUAUAA